CCCUUCCUCCGCAGCUUCGUAACGCUCUCCUUCUUCUUCUUCGACUAGGGUUUCCGCCUCUUCCCACUCGUUCGCCUCCAAAACCCUAACCCCAGCCGAAGCCCCGAAAUGGCUCCCAAGAAGGGUGUUAAGGUGCCGGCCCCUGCGAAAAAGAAGACGGAGAAGGUAGUGAAUCCGUUGUUCGAGAAGCGGCCGAAGCAGUUCGGGAUCGGCGGGGCGUUGCCGCCGAAGAGGGACCUCACCCGAUUCGUGAAGUGGCCGAAGGUGGUGAGGAUCCAGCGGCAGAGGCGGAUUCUGAAGCAGAGGCUCAAGGUUCCCCCGGCUCUGAACCAGUUCACUCGAACCCUCGAUAAGAAUCUCGCAACCAACUUGUUUAAGAUGCUCUUGAAGUACCGGCCUGAAGAUAGAGCUGCUAAGAAGGAGCGGCUUUUGAAUAGGGCUCAGGCGGAGGCCCAGGGGAAAACUGUUGAAGCGAAGAAGCCGAUUGUGGUGAAGUAUGGUCUUAAUCAUGUGACCUACCUCAUUGAGCAGAAAAAGGCUCAGCUAGUGGUGAUUGCUCAUGAUGUCGACCCUAUCGAACUAGUGGUUUGGCUUCCUGCCUUGUGCAGAAAGAUGGAAAUUCCCUACUGCAUCGUGAAAGGGAAAGCGCGACUUGGAGCUAUCGUGCACAAAAAGACCGCCGCCGUCCUCUGCUUGACGACUGUGAAGAACGAGGACAAACUCGAGUUCAGCAAGAUUUUGGAAGCCAUUAAGGCCAACUUCAACGACAAGUUCGACGAGAUCAGGAAGAAAUGGGGUGGCGGCAUAAUGGGCUCCAAAUCUCAGGCGAAAACCAAGGCUAGGGAAAAGCUCCUCGCCAAGGAAGCCGCUCAGAGGAUGACCUAGAUUAUCUCUUUGAUAUAUUUUCUUUUUCUCGUGGAACGCUUUUGUUUCUGUAAUUUAUGAAAUGAACUUAAUUUGCGAUUCUCGCCGUAUUUGCAUCCGGGUUUGGAGACAGUAUAUCAUGUUCUCUGCAGUAUUUAGUGACUUCUUAGUGAAUUUUGCUCUCUAUGAGGACAAUUUAUCUUGCAUUUUGGUUUAA